AUGUCUCUCCAGCAAGACGCCUCUGGCGUCAAGAAGGCUCUGCCUCUGGGCCAGCUCGCCCCGAUCUCCUCCAUCUCCGGCCCGACUUAUGCCACCGCUCAGCUCCUCGUCCAGCAGGUCGCUUACAAGCUGUCCGACAAGAUCUUCUCGUACUCCCCCGAGACAUUUGACUUGGAUGUCGCCGCGAAGGUCUGGGCCAGCCAACAGGAGAAGAACAUCCACGGUUACCCAACCUCAGUCGUCUCCCUCCAGACCCGUGUCGGAGCUGGCGCAUUCGCCCUCGGCUACAUCUUCUCCAAGGACUUCGACCCCAGCAAGAGGGAGUUCCCCCAGUCCCUGCUUGCUCCCUCCUCCAGUCUCCGUCACCUCCGCUCCGCCCUUGACCAGCUGGCUCUGCUCUACGGCGUUGCCAGCCCCUUCGUUGCUCACGUCGCUGCGGCCGACUAUUCUUCUCAGGAUGGCCUUGUUGCUGAGUACGGUUCCACCCUUCAGCUUGCCGAGGAGCUCGGUCUGGGUCUGGUCGCCAGCGCCUCUGCCUACGAGUCUCAACACAUGGCCCUUUUCGCCACCCUCAUGGCCAAGGUUCUGCCGACCCUCCACAUCUACGACGGCAUUCGGAGUUCCCGAGAGACUCUGAGGAUCAUUGACACCUUGAGUGAGACUGGUCUUGCUCAGGUCUUCGAGAAGGUCUCUGAGCACGCCUCGUCUCUGAACAAGCGCCUUGACGACGCCGGAAAGGUUGUUGACCUGCUCCAAGCCUUCAACAACGAGCUUGGCACCGACUACAAGCCCUUUGAGUACUCUGGUCACGAGACUCCCGAGACGGUCCUCGUUGUUUUUGGCAGCGUCGAGUCCCAGAUUGCGAACCAGGUCGCCGCUCAGUACGUCUCCGCCGGCAAGAAGUUUGGUGUUGUCAAUGUCCGACUCUACCGACCUUUCGUCGAAGAGGCAUUCCUGAGCGUUCUCCCCGAGUCUGUGCAGCAGAUUGCAGUUCUCGGCCAGGUGCAUGAUGAGCUCUCCGUGGCCGAUGCUUCUGUCCAGUCUGCCCUCUACUCCGAUGUCCUCACCUCCAUCUCUUUCUCCGGCAAGUGGACUCGCGAGCCCGUCGUGGCUGACCUCAAGUACGCGGCCUCGAGCUCUCUGACUCCCGAGUUCUUUGCCUCCGUCAUCUCCAAGAUUGUCAAGGAUGAUGUCGAGAUCGAUCUUUACGGCCAUCUUCGCGAGGCCCAGCAGUACACGUUCUGGGACGUCGACAACUCUCUUGCCGUCCACUCGCCCUUGGCUCUUGGCGAGUCGCUGAGCCGCGAGUCUUCCAACAACGUGUACAUCCACGAGAGCCGCGACAACCUGGUCCAGGGCGGUGUCGUCCGAACUGACAUCAGGAGCUCCAAGAAGACUGUUGAGGCUCCUUUCCCCGUCAAGGGUGCCGAUGUUGUCUACGUUGGCGAGGAGAAGCUCCUCAAGGAGCUGGCUAUCUUGAGCGAUCUCAAGACCAACGGCAAGCUGAUCGUCAGGCUACCUGGAUUCAAGAUUGAGGAUGUUGAGAAGCGUAUUUCCCCGGCUAUCCGCAAGGAUCUGCAGGAGAAGGCCGCCGAGCUCUACGUUCUGGACACGUCGUUCUCUCCUGCUCUGGAGAAGGACGGCGAACCGCUCGUCGAGGCCGCAUUCCUCAGCAUUACCCGCCCAGGCGUUGGUGCUGCUGACCUUGCCAAGCUUUUGAGCCAGGAUCAGCAGGCUACGUUCCUCCAGUGCUUCGAUGCUCUCUCACAGUGCCUGAUCCCUGUUGAGGUCCAGGCUUCCUGGGCCGACUUGCCCGCGGAUUUCGUGGCCCCUACCCUCCUCUCUUCGAUCAAGAUCAACAGCUUCACCGGCUUCGAGAAGGAGGAGCCUGAGCCUGCCUUGGAGCUGGAUGAUUGGCAGGCUGCGGCCAAGGGUCUUGCUUUCAAGGAGGUCUACGGCACCCAGUCCAACCUCCGCCCUGAGCUCACUGUCAAGACCGCCACCGUCACUGUCAAGGAGAACCGCCGUCUGACGCCGGCCGCUUACGACAGAAACAUCUUCCACAUUGAGUUCGAUCUCGGCAACUCGGGUGUCACUUACAAUAUCGGCGAGGCUCUCGGCAUUCACGCUGACAACGACCCCAAAGAAGUCAAGGAGUUCAUUCAGUUCUACGGUCUUGAUGCUGAUGCCCUGGUACAAGUUCCCUCCAGGGAUGAUGCCGCCGUGCUCGAGACCCGCACCAUCUACCAAUCCCUUGUUCAGAACAUCGACAUUCUGGGCAAGCCUCCCAAGCGCUUCUACGAGGCUCUGGCCGAGUUUGCUACCGACGAGGCCGAGCAGAAGAAGCUGGCUGCCCUUGGUGGCAAUGAGGGUGCUGAGGAGUUCAAGCGCCGCACCGAGGUGGACACUGUCACCUACGUCGACAUCCUGCAGGAGUUCCAGUCUGCUCAUCCUUCAUUCCCCGACCUGGUUCGCAUCGUGGCUCCCCUGAAGCGCCGUGAGUACAGUAUCGCCUCCGCCCAGGCCGUCACCCCCAACUCGGUCUCCCUCAUGAUCGUCGUCGUCGACUGGGUCGACUCCAAGGGCCGCACCCGCUACGGCCAGGCUACCCGCUACCUGUCGCGGCUCCCGGUCGGCUCCAAGGUCACCGUCAGCGUCAAGCCCUCGGUCAUGAAGCUCCCCGUCAAGGACACCGCGCCGCUCAUCAUGGCCGGCCUCGGCACCGGCCUCGCCCCCUUCCGCGCCUUUGUCCAGUACCGCGCCAUGCAGAAGGCCCAGGGCAAGGAGAUCGGCUCCAUCCUGCUGUACCUGGGCAGCCGUCACCAGCGCGAGGAGUACCUGUACGGUGAGGAGUGGGAGGCCUACCUCGACGCCGGUGUCAUCACCGUCCUCGGCGCCGCCUUCUCGCGCGAUCAGCCGCAGAAGAUCUACAUCCAGGACCGCAUGAGGCAGACCAUGAAGGACAUCGUCAAGGCCUACAUCGAGGAGGAGGGAUCCUUCUACCUCUGCGGUCCUACCUGGCCCGUGCCCGACGUGACGGACGUGCUCGAGGAGGCCAUCGCCACCGAGGCCGCCGCCAGCGGGCGCAAGGUUGACCCGAAGAAGGAGAUUGAGAGGCUCAAGGAGGACGGCCGCUACGUCCUGGAGGUCUACUAG